GAAUUAAGAACGGCGGUUUUUCGUCUCCUAAUUUAAAUAUUAAUACGACGGACGCCGAGAGAGUAAUUAAUAAAUUACUGCGGUGGGAGAAAGUCUCCGUCUCCCUUCGGCGGAGACGGACGGCAGGUGGAGCCGGCGACGGGCGGAGAGGGAUCGAUCGUCGGGUUUGUUAUGAUAGGAAGAGGCCGGGAACAUGGAACUGAUUAAAACUCCUAAAAUAAUGCAAAACUGCACAAGCAAGUUAGCUAGGAAGAUGCUACAGAUACCAGCCGAAUUGUACCGAAAGGAAAAGUGGUCAACCGCUCCACUGUGGCUAUUUGAAACCGAUUCCAAGAAACACAGAGUAGAUGUAGCAUCCGAAAAGGACGUCUUGUACCUCGUUCACGUAGAAAAUGUUCGAAUGUUAGAUCGUUUCAAUAACAAGAAGACUUCCGUAGGAACCUUGUACCUGACGGCAACUCAUUUAAUAUUUUCUGAUCCCAAAGGAAGAAAAGAAUUAUGGAUUCUUCAUAUGCACAUUGCAACUGUUCAAAAAUUAUCUAUAACUCCAUCUGGCUGUCCUUUGCAGAUACGAUGCAAAAAUUUUUUGUGUGUUACUUUCAUUAUACCUAGAGAAAGAGACUGUCAUGAUAUAUAUACCUCACUCUUGCAAUUGUCACAACCAUUGAAUAUAGAAGAUUUGUAUUGUUUUCAUUAUACUGCAUCAAAUGAAGAUUUUCCAAAAUCAGCCGGUUGGGAUAAGUUUGAUUUACAAGCAGAAUUUUCUAGAAUGGGUUUACCUAAUGAACAUUGGCAUUUAACAAGUAUUAAUAAGGAUUAUGAUAUUUGUGACACAUAUCCUAAAUAUUUAUAUGUUCCUGUGUUAGCAUCUAAACCCACAUUAGUGGGGAGCAGUCGUUUUCGUAGUCGAGGCAGAUUACCAGUUCUUUCUUAUUUGCACAAAAACAUGGCUGCUAUUUGUAGAUGUAGUCAGCCGCUGUCCGGUUUCAGCGCUCGAUGUGUCGAGGAUGAAAAAAUGCUAGAUUGCAUUCUUAAAGCUUGUCCUAAAUCAAAAUUUAUGUAUGUAGUUGACACUAGACCAAGGAUCAAUGCAUUUGCUAAUAAAGCUGCAGGUAAAGGCUAUGAAAAUGAAAAUUUCUAUGAAAAUAUUAAAUUUCAGUUUUUUGGAAUAGAAAAUAUUCACGUUAUGAGAAAUAGCUUACAAAAGUUGAUUGAAACCUGUGAAUUAAAAGUGCCUUCGAUGAGUGCAUUUAUCAAUGGAUUAGAAGCUAGUGGUUGGUUACGGCAUGUUAAAAUCAUACUGGAAACUUCUGUUUUUAUAGCAAAUGCUGUAGAGGAAGGAACUAGUGUUCUAGUUCAUUGUUCGGAUGGAUGGGAUAGAACUGCUCAGACUUGUUCAUUGGCUUCUUUGCUGUUGGAUGCUUAUUACUGCACAAUUACAGGCUUUCAGGCACUCAUUGAAAAAGAGUGGCUUGCAUUUGGACAUAAAUUUACGGAUAGAUGCGGUCAUAUACAAGGAGAUCCACGAGAAGUUACGCCCGUAUUUACGCAGUUUAUUGAUGCCGUUUGGCAGUUAACUCAGCAAUUUCCUACUGCAUUCCAGUUUAAUGAAAGAUUUUUAUUGACAAUUCAUGAUCAUGUCUACUCUUGCCAAUUUGGAACUUUUAUUGGAAAUUGUGAAAAAGAUAGAGUAGAUCUCAGGUAACUUUUUAAAGAUGAUACUUUAAUAUA